AAAAGCGUCAUCCACCACAUUCUUCCAUCUAUAGUCAUUCAUCAUCAAUCUCUGCAUUUUCUGGUAUUCCUUUACGACCAGGCCGCCGCAUCAGCCUAUAGAAACUCGACAGAGCUAGAUUCUGAUAUUCCCUCGGUGCUCAUCGACCACUUAAACAGCUUUUUUGCUGUAAGACCGUGAGUGGUGCGCCAACCUUUAGAAUCUCCACAUAUCUGUAUGUUUAUUUCGUUAUGCCUUCGUUCCGUUCCACACUACUGGUUAUGGCACACACUCUAUUUAUCUUUAAUGCUCAGUGAGUUUGCCUCACAGUAUUACAAGUCAUUCAUUCCUCUUUUGGUUCGAGGCAAGGCCCCCCUUCCAGACUCACAGAUACACGGUCAAAUCUUAUGCUCUUUAAAUAAUCCCUGUUGAACCACUUCACCUCACAGGAAUCACACAAAUACUUCAUAAAGAACCACCCAUACACACAAGUAAUGGUUUUCUAUUUGACGGUUGAAAUUGAAAUUGAAUACUUCGAGUGACGAAGCUAAGAAUUAGCAGGAGAAAGCGCUGACCCAUCACCGCUCGCUGGAAAGCCUCAUUGGCAAGCCGGCGCCAUAGAUAUUCGAUCUGGCUGUUCAAGGUCCUCUAAGUCGCCCAUUGCGCGAAAGUUCUUCUUUCGUUGCUUUUGCCGAUAACGCGCAAACCUCUCCAGUGCUAAAUUGUUUUGCCGGAACCCAGUCUUCUGAUUUACUUGAACGACGACUUUCGGAUUUUGUUUCUAAGCUUCACAGCUACCAGCAGAGUUGGGAGGGAGAGGGAAAACGUCAAUGUCCCGGUCCUCGAGACCAAGAAGGGUUAGGGGAUCAGGACUCGAUGUCGCAGAGGCUUUCUGCGUCUCGUCCUGCAUCUCGCUCACCACCAGAAAGUCAAAAGAUUACUCUCCCACCAGUACAGGUGCGAGAUGAUCCUCGACAUGGAGGGCGACCAGCAGACAGAAAACUAGAGCAAGGCAACCGAGGAUUACCACAACCUCAUCAUACAUUACCAUCCCCUUCAUUGCGGACUCCUCAGUCUGCACCGACUAGUGAGGAUUGGAAGUCCUCGGGACCAUCGCGCGAUCUCGGUGUACAUUCAAUUCUGAAUCCGACAGAGCCUGAAAGCGUAUCAAAUUCAGGUCGCCGACUGAGUGGCGGCACUACAGGUUCGCCACUCUCUACCACAGCAGGACCCACUUCGCAUUUUGGCGCAAGCCCAUUGGUGACAACUACUCAUCCUUAUUCCAGUCGGCCUCCCGUUAGCACUUCGCCUUCCUUAGAAAGUUUUAAUCCAAAUUUCCCAAGGGGCCCAGCCCGCAGAAUGCUAACAUCCAGAUCACCUCGGCCUGCCAGUAUAGGCAGAGCACCUAUUCAUGGAACUAUCAAUGCACAAGAGUCUCCCUUUUUGCCCUCGAAAAGGGCAGAACCAGUGCGAACUCCGGGCUCAGAGAACCCACCUAUGCCAACACCGCCGGGGCAAAUUCAGGGGCAGCACUAUGGAUUUCCCACUACAGGUACAACGCCGGGCGAUCGACGUACAGAUACUUCUCAAAUGCAAGCUCCAGGGCGUGCCCAACAUAGCGCUAGUCCUAGCAUCUCAGUAUCUUCACAAACGCCGAGCCAGACUUCCCCCGCGUCCAGUUAUCCUUAUCAUCAAAGUGGGCAGAAUCCGCAGACAAGUGGGUCUUAUUUCCCAGGUUCGAGUUUUAGUUCUUCAGUGCAGCAAGGAAGUGGAUUACAAUUACAAGCACCGCCUGCGGCAUCAGAAGGUCCGUACAAUGCUUCUCAGAUUGGUUCCUCACUCCACUCCAACAUAAGCUCGAGGCAGGCUUCUGCCUCAGAGCCAUAUGGUGUCCUGACAAUAACCACGGCUCACGGCGUGGCUUAUCAUGUACCUGUGGACACACACCAAGCGUCGCGUUUAGCUGACGAGAAGCGUGCGCGCAACGCAGGAGCAUCGGCGCGAUUCCGACAACGCAGAAAGGAAAAAGAGAAAGAGGCCUCAUCCAAUAUCGAAAAACUUCAGUCACAGACUAGGGAAUUGGAACGAAGAGUGAGAGAAGCCGAAGGAGAGAGAGAUUUCUACCGAGGAGAACGAGAUCGUUUUAGAGAUAUGCUGCUCCGGAACCCAGGAACUAGAGAUAUGGCUCUUCAUGGGCCACCAAGUCCUCGUUCCAUGAGGCAAAUGUCUUAUCCAGGCCCUCCUCCACCAAGCGGCCCGCCAAUGAGCUUUCAAGGUUCUGAUAAUGGUGAAAGACCAGCAAGGCGCCGAAGGACUGAUGCACAAGGCGAUUUUAUGAGUGUCCCAUACUCGCAUUCUCCAGCGUCAACUCUACCUCCCGUUCAAACUGGAUUCCCAUCAGCUCAUGGCCAAGGACUACCUAACCUACCACCUCUAAGAAUCGAUAAUCCUUCGACAGGUUCAGCGACAGGAAUAUCGACUCCGUCGAUAUCGGCAGGCCCCCCUUCAUUCGAUCCAUACUCGCGAGGGCCAUACGAUCGAGCAUGGCCUAAACAAGAAAACGGCGGACGACGAUGACAUUUCCUUCUUAAACUUAAAUUUUACUAUAAUAUGCUUGAUGGAAAAAACGGCACAUCAUACUUUAUACCCUCCUUUAAACGCUACGAAUUUUCUUCCCAGAGUUAAUACGUUCUUGUCAAUUAUACAAAUGUACCCCUUCUAUUAAGACUACAUACUUGAUCGUUAUCCUCGACAUGUAUACUACGCUAUUUACACGGCACUCUACUAUACAUACCUAUCGCAAGAUUUUCGCAAAAAGAAUUGCAUAUCCUCGGGCGACCGAACCUAAUUUUGCUUUUGCACCCGUUUUAUGUUAUAUAUACCCCCCCUGGCGGCUGUUUCUAUUCAUUACCUUCGUUUGUUUCUUUUGUGAAUGCGAGACAUUUCUUUUUCUGACUGGAUUGUGGACAACUUGUGGGAAUUGGUCAAAACAUCAUUUAUCUUGUGAUACCAUUUUCAAUUGGGAAAUAGUCGGAGCGGUGUUAAACAUGGAAGUGUUAUUUUAUUUGUUUUGGCAGUAAGGGGGAAAGGGUUCCUAGAGACAAGCAGGGAAAUAUCUGAUGAGAGGAUUUGAAAGCAUACCGAACAGCUUCAGUUAAUAUUACGCGGGAGUGAAGAGAGAGGCAAGUUGAGGUCUCAGGAAAGUAAGAAAAGUUGAAGAGGGUUGCAUCUAAAGAUGAUGUUGCUUUUUCGAGGAUGAGGAUGUUGGAGUAUCAUACAAUAAUUAUCAGACUGUACAACGAUAAUGUGUAUAAUCCCAAGUUUACAGCACUUUUAUUGAUGGGGAGUUAGGGGACACCCUGGAAUUACUACAUUCCAUACAUAAUUUGGGAUCAUGAUAGACAGGU